GCAGAAUAUUUCCAGUUUGAGGGGUUACACCGGCUGCAGAAGAUCCUUCACCAAAAACGUCCUAGAAAAUGUUAAAAUUACACAGUCUGAAAUAUUGUGUUGGGAAUAGCCACUUCAGACUUUUACAGCCUCUGACAUCUUCAGUAGACAAUGCUUUCAAAAGUUACAGCUCUGCAUCAGACAGAGACUUUCUACACAGAAGCAUUCUACCCACUGACCACUUUCAGGCCAGUCUUCCAAGACUUCCGAUCCCCCAAUUAGAGGAUACCUUACACAAAUACCUUGAGUGUCAACGGCAAAUACUGACUGAUGAUGAAUAUGAUCAAACAGCUGACAUUGUGAACAAUUUUAAAGCCAAUGAAGGUCCAGAUCUACAGAAGAGAUUAAUAGCUAAAGAUAAACAAAAUAAACACACAAGUUACAUUACAAAGCCAUGGUUUGACAUGUACUUGAAGUCCAGAUCACCCAUUGUAUUGAAUUACAAUCCCUUCAUGUCCUUCCAAGAUGACCCACGGCCAGAAUAUCAGAACCAGCUCAUUCGCUCAACAAAUAUGAUUGUAUCAUCACUAAAAUUCAUGAAGACAUUGAGGGCUAAUAUCCUGGAGCCCGAUAUCUAUCAUCUGUUUCCAGCAAAGUCAGACAACAUGAGGUUCAGGAAAAUCAUGAGAAUGAUUCCGUCUUCUUUUGCCUUCUAUGGAGCAUAUCUCUACAAAGCUUUUCCUUUAGACAUGAGCCAGUAUAAAAAUUUAUUCAAUUCAACGAGAAUUCCAAGACGUGGAAAAGAUGAAUUAGUUGUGAACAAAGAGGCAAAACAUAUGCUGGUAAUGAGAAAUGGACAUUUCUAUGUGUUUGACGUCCUGGAUAGUGAUGGACACGUAAUUGAGCCAGGGGUUAUAAUGUCUUGUGUUAAUCAGAUCAUGAAGGAUCAGAGUCCCCCCUCCACAGAACCGGUAGCUGUGUUUACUGCAGAGGACAGGGACGUGUGGGCCUCCUACAGGGAAAAACUCAUCAGUCUGGGCAAUGAGGAGACAUUGAAGCUGAUUGAUUCUGCGGUGUUUGCCCUUUGCCUGGAGGACGGUAAACCAACAGACCCUAAUGCCAUUACCAGAAUGUUUCUUCAUGGAGAAGCUGGAAGAAUCUGGUUUGAUAAAAGUUUGUCCCUAAUAAUGACUGGCAGCGGUAAUGCCUGUGUGAACUUUGAGCAUGCUUGGGGUGAUGGAGUGGCAGUGCUGCGAUACUUUAAUGAGGUGUUUGAUGACUCUACAAUGAAGUCUGUUGUACAUCCUUCUACUCCAGUACAGGACAAUCCAGCAAAUGUCAAGAAACUUGAAUUUAAACUUGAUCAAGAGAUGAAGGAUAACCUUCAGAAAUCUGUUAAAAAGUUCAAUGCAACAAUGCAGAGUUUGGAUGUGGAUCACCUGGAAUAUUACAAAUACACCAAGAAAUACGUGAAGAAAAGUGGAAUGAGUCCAGAUGCACUAAUGCAACUUGCCAUACAGAUGGCCUAUUACAGACAAUAUAAACAAACUGUAGCUACAUACGAGUCCUGUAGCACUGCAGCCUUUAAGCAUGGCAGAACUGAAACAAUCCGUCCAGCCACUGCGGAGACCAAGAGAGCUUGUGCUCUGUUUGUAGACAAAAACCAUCCUGAGCCAUCAGUAGAGGAACUCAAGAAUGCCAUGAUGGCUUGCUCUAAAAAGCAUGGCUCACUUACCAGGAAUGCUGCUAUGGGUAAGGGGUUUGACAGACACUUGUUUGGACUUAAAACGCUUGCUGAGGAGGAAGAUGGCAAACUUCCACAGAUGUUUAGAGACCCAAACUAUCAGAAAAUUAACCAUAUCAUUUUAUCAACAUCCACCGUGUCUAGUCCAGCCAUUCUAAUUGGUGGAUUUGCACCAGUGACUCAAAACGGAUAUGGAGUUGGUUAUUCUAUAGAAGAAAGUAGGAUAGGAUUUAACGUAACCAGCUACCCCCCUGCAAGAGAUGCCCCAGGCUUCAUAGAAUGUGUCACAAAAUCCUUGGAUGAUAUGUACGAAGUUUUAGAAGGCCGACAUCCGAAAAGAUCAAAGUGACGUCAUAAAUACUGAGAGUAAAAUUUGAGGGAGCAAAAGCCUGUCAUAUAAGAAUUUUGAUUAUAAUUAUUAAUGUUUAAGUGAUGGAAUAUAUUCUUUCUCUCCGUGAUUGUUUGAAUCUUUUCAAAUGAAUGCAUAAUUUCUUUAAAAAUGAUUUGUUAACUGCUUUAGUAUCCUAGAUGAACAAAUACUUAAAAAUAAUUUUAAAUCUUACAAAGUGUGUGCUGAAUUGACACUUCGAACUAGACUUUGUCAUUGUUUAUUAUAUUGUACUCAGAUAUAUGCUCCAUAGAUCUUCUUUUUGCAUAUUUCCAAGUUCGGUAGUUUUUUUUUAAUUCCAUAAACAUUAUAUAUUAAAGGGGAUAAGACAUGCACCAAUCCAUAAUUGUUUUUUAUCUCAGGAAUUUCUGUCUUUUUUUCCAAGUGCUAUUUAUAUCAAGUGAAAUUAAAAUAUGUAAUUGUAUAUCCUCAAAAUUUUUGUAUUAAAAUUUUAACUAUAUUUAAAACAAUGUCUUAAUGUAAUAAUGUUAUACAUACAUUUAGAUUCUGUUAAGUUUUCAGUAGUAUUAAUCUUUUAUUACACAACGGGCACAUUAUAUCAUCUGUGGAAAAAAAAUAAUAUAAGAAAGCUCCGUCUCAAGAUGUGGUUUAUUAAUAGUGAAGAACAUUAAUUAUUAAUUUUAAAAAAAAAUCUUUUAAGUUGAUAGGUUCUAAUAAUAUUCUGAUAAUUGGUAAUUAAGAUUUGCAUUCAGUUACGCUUUAAUCUAAGAUUUCCAUAUCGGAUUUGGAUUAGAACAUAGCUAAACUUCUCACCUCAUGCAAUAAUGUAAGUAUUUUUACAAAGUACAAUUAGGAUAGGAUGUGCAUUUACUUAAUUUCAAAAAAUCAUAUUUUUGUACUGUGAUAUUGUAGCGUUCAAAUGUAUGUAUUAUUUGAAUAUUAAACUUUAUUUUCAACUUUA